AUGCGCGGCCUUGUUAUGCUGUGUACCGGUCUUGCUGCAGCGGCAGUCGCAGGAAUGCCUAACGCGCUACACAAUAAGUGGAGGAGCGCACAUUUCGUUUUAGUGGAGGCAUGUGCUGCCCUUCAGGAGGCCCUGGGUCUUGAGAGGCUCGUAUUGGGGAUGCACGUCACCGUCGCUGCUCUUGCCCUUUUAUUUUGUUCUCUCUCCUCCCUCCUCCUAGGAGUCUCUCCCCGAGUGCCUACUAUCCGCCUCGUCUGUGGUUCACUCCUUUUGGGGGGACCCCUCGGCCUGUGCACCUGGGCCAUUGCAAGGGUUCACACCAAAGCUACCAAGCAAAUCUUGUUUUAUUUCCUACUGGCUGCAGAGCGGAGUGGGAGGCCUUCGGGAAGGGCUCUAGGGACUGAAACGGUACCCAAUACGGACUUAGUUGAGAGGACAAACGGCCCCGCGCCCUGGAAAAAAUUUCGGGAGUUUAUCGCCCGCGCGGACCCUGUGGCCCUCCUGCGAGGCAGCUUCAGCAGCAGUGCUGCAACGAGCCAGCAGCAACUUCUGGAAAGGCUCAGCACCGGAGACAUGGAAGCUGGCUUCCCUAUCGAUUGUGAAGACAAAGCGCCGGAAGCGCAGCCGCAGCUGCAGCAGUUACAGGGGAAUCCGCUCUAUGGGGCAGAGCCCGUCUUCUCUGUAAGCAGCUACACCAUGCGUUUAGGCGGAGAACACGGGUACAAAGCAGCCCCCAGUGACAGCGAGGGUGAGGAUUUGGAUGAGGGAAAGCAGGUCACAUAA